AUGGCACUGUCACCGGCUCAAACCGGUCCAAACCGGCGCCAACCGGUCCGAUCCGGCGGGCGCCUCGUGUACUCACUCGACGGCGGCGGCGGAGCGCGCUGCUUCCCCUCACGCGGCCCGACGCCGAAAGACAGCGCCGCCCGCGGGGGGCGGGGAUUAAACCCCUACCCGGCAGCCUCUGCGGCCGCCCCCAAGCCACGCCCACCCCGACCGAACCAUCGCGAAGGGGCGGGGGGGCACCCGCCAACCCUUGGGGUGGCUACUACUGGGCCACCACUGGGCUACUACUGGGCCACCACCAGGCCAGGACCGGCCCCCGGAGCAGGGGACCCCCCAGGGGAGGGGGGGCGUCGCCCGUCCCCCCAUGUCCCCCCACCCACCCGCGCCUGCCGUCCUCCUCCGCCGCCGCCCGGUCCCCACCGGCUGUCCCUGGAGGCCCCGCGACGUGCCCGGGCCGGCCCGCCCGGCCCGUCGGAACAUGCCCCGCUCGGGGAGGACCGCCGGCGGGCGGGGGCGGGCACGGCCGGGGAUGCCACCCCCAUCCCCGCGCUGGCCGUCAACCGGCUGCACCUGGACGUGGCCCCGGGUGGCUGCCAGCUGCUCCUGCGGCUGGCCCGCGAGCGGCCCCGCGCCCUGCUGCCCGUGGAGUUCCUCCGGCUGGAUGCCAACCAGGAGCCCCUGCUGCCCGCCCUGGACGUCCUCCCCCGGGCCCUCCCGGCCCUCCGCUCCCUCGUCCUGAAGGGAGGGCACCUUCGGGACGAGGCGGGGGCGUACCGGCCGGGGUCGCUGACCUCCCUGCCCCCAGCCCUGGGCCGCCUGGUCCACCUGGUCCACCUGGACCUCAGCUUCAACAGCCUCUCGGCCCUGCCGGCCUGCGUGGCCCGGCUGGGCCGCUUGUCCUCCCUCCUGCUGGCCCACAACCUCCUGGAGGAGCUGCCCGAGGACCUGGCCCGGCUGGGGGCCCUGACCUACCUGUCGGCCAUGAGCAACCGGCUGCGGGCCCUGCCCCCCGGCCUGGGCGCCCUCCCCGCCCUGCGGAGCCUGGACCUGGCCGAGAACCGGCUGCGGGCCCUGCCCCCCGAGAUCGGACGCCUGGGCCACCUCGCCCACCUCAACCUGGCCGGGAACCGGCUGCGGUCGCUGCCCGACACCCUGGCCGAGCUGCGUUCGCUGCGUGAGCUGAUCGUGCACAGUAACGCACUGGAGUCCGUGCCCGCCGGCCUCGCCCGCCUCCCACAUAUGGAGCGCCUCGACCUACGUGAUAACCGCCUCCGGACCCUGCCCCCCGAGAUCCAGGAUGCCCCGUUCGUGCUCCUCCGGGGGAACCCCCUGGGCGACCCCGAGAGCCCACCCCCAGACCCUCCAGGACAACCAGAGGCACCGGAGACGGCCACGCGCUUCCUGGGGUCGGAUGCGGAUAGCUUCCCGGUGAUGCCGCGGGGCUGCCAGGUGACCCUGGGCUGCGGGGUCCGGCUGCGUUUCCCGCCGGGGGCCGCCCCCAUCCCCAUCCGCGUCCGCUAUCGCCUGCUCCCGCCGGGUCCUCGGCUCGUCCGCCUGGGGCCCCACGAUGUCCUGCUGAGCGACGUCCUGGAGCUGCAGCCCCACGGGGUCCCGUUCCACCAGGAGGUGCAGCUGUGGCUACCGUUUGCCUUCCCCCGAGCCACCCGGGGCCGCGAGGUCGUCGUCAGGACCCUCAGCGAAGGCGGCGGCGGGUGCGACCUGGACACGGAGGUGGAGUGGGAAGGCGCCAAGCGUUUGUGGGCGAGCUGCCGGGUCUGGCACUUCUCCUGGUUCUUGGUGGUCUCGCGGUUGGUGGAGAACCGCUGUCGGGUGCCGCGGGAGGGGGCCCUGCUCUACUCCACCGUGGACCCCGGAGUCAAGGUCAUCUUCCCCCCCGGGGUCACCGCCGAGCCCCGACAAGUCUGCAUGCAGGUGCUGCCACUUUCGGCCCGGGAGCUUCGCGCGGUGCGGGCGGUGACGGGGGAGCGGGCGGCCGCCGCCGGCCCCCUGGUCCGCCUGGUCCAGGACCACCCCCCUCCUCAGCCGCCCUUCCUCCGGCCCGUGCGGGUCCAGCUGCCCCUGCCCCCGGGGGUCCGAGGCCUGACGCUGGACCGCUCCUGCCUGCACCUGCUGCACGGGGACCUGCGGGGCCACACCUGGGAUGACGUCACGGGCCAGGUGCACCUGGAACUCACCCACCUGUACGCCCUCUUCGAGGUCUCCCACUUCUCCUGGUACUGGCUGUGGUACACCACCAAGACGUACAUCGGAGGCAUCGCCCGGAAGGUAUACGAGCGCCUGCGCUUGUACCGGGUGAACUUCAUCGCCCUGCAGAGGAAGCGGGAUCCCGAGCAGGUGCUGCUUCAGUGCGUCCCCAACCACAAGGUGGACCCCACCCUGCAGAAGCUGCAAGGCCGCUACCGGGGCCCUGAGCCCUCCGACAUCGUGGACAUGUUCGAGGGGGAGCAGUUCUUCGCCGCCUUCGAGCGUGGCAUCAACAUCGACUCCGACCGCCCCGACUGCGAAGCAGGACGGAUCUCGUUCGUCUUCUACUCCCACCUGAAGAACAUGAAGGAGAUCUACGUGUCCUCGGAGCGGGAUCGCCAAAGCCAGGACGUGAAGGGGCAGGUUUCCUUCUACCGCGGGGCCGUGCCCGCGGCGGUGCCCGAGGAGGCCGCCCGCCAGCGGAAAGGCCCUGACUCGCUGUGGCUCGCCACGCUGCCCAUCAAGCUGCCCAAGCUGAGGCUGGCCGGCGGGGAGGGGCCGGGCCCCCGGGCCGGCCCGGCUUUCCCCCCGCUCAACCUGGGAGACGAGGAGAGCGGCUAUCUGACCCAGGCCAACCUGCUGACCGUCGCCGGCCGCAUCGGGCCGGACUGGCAGACCGUGGGCCUGGGCCUCGGCCUGCCCUUCCGCCAGCUCGAGCGCAUCCGUUACAACUACCCGGGUAGCCUGGACCUCCAGAUCCAGUCUAUGCUGUUCUCGUGGGCGGAAGGGCAGGAGGGACAGCCCGGGGCCGUGGCCCGACUGAUCCGAGCCCUGGAGCAGAGCGAGCGGCAGGACGUGGCCGACGAGAUCCGGGCCGUGCUGGCCCUGGGCAGUCACAAGUACCGCCACUCCCUCCGCCGGACGGGGCUGGCCCCCGAGGAGGCCGCCGCCCCCCAGGACCCCCUCAGCGCCACCGGGUAGGGAAGCCGGGGGAGACCGACGGAGGCUCCUGCCGCCGGCGGGCACCCACUGAGGUCCCGUGGGGGCCGCCCGGCGGGGAGAGACCAACUGAGCCCCUGUGGGGGCUGACCGGGGGACAGCAACCGAGCCCCUGGGGGGGCUGCCCAGCUGGGAGAGACCAACUGAGGCCCAGUGAGAGCCGGCCGGGGGACACCAACUGAGGUCCCGUGGGGUCCGGCCAGCCAUGGGACACCACCCGAGCCCCUGUGGGGGCCGCCCAGCUGGAAAAGACCUACUGAGGCCCAGUGAGAGCCGGCCGGGGGACACCAACUGAGGCUCCGUGGGGUCCGGCCAGCCAUGGGACACCACCCGAGCCCCUGUGGGGGCCGCCCAGCUGGAAAAGACCUACUGAGGCCCAGUGGGAGCCGGCUGGGGAACACCAGCUGAGGCCCCGUGGGGUCCGGACAGCCAUGGGACACCAUCCGAGCCCCUAGUCGGGGCCGCCCAGCUGGGAGAGACCAACGGAGGCCCAGUGAGAGCCGGCCGGGGGACACCAACUGAGGUCCCGUGGGGUCCGGACAGCCAUGGGACACCACCCGAGCCCCUAGUCGGGGCCGCCCAGCUGGAAAAGACCAACUGAGGCCCAGUGAGAGCCGGCUGGGGGACACCAAUUGAGGCCCCAUGGGGUCCAGCCAGCCAUGGGACACCACCCGAGCCCCUGUGGGGGCCACCCAGCUGGAAAAAACCAACUGAGACCCAGUGAGAGCCGGCCGGGGGACACCAGCUGAGGCCCCGUGGGGUCCGGACAGCCAUGGGACACCACCCGAGCCCCUGUGGGGGCCGCCCAGCUGGAAAAGACCAACUGAGGCCCAGUGAGAGCCGGCCGGGGGACACCAACUGAGGCCCCGUGGGGUCCGGACAGCCAUGGGACACCACCUGAGCCCCUGUGGGGGCCACCCAGCUCAGGGAGACCAACUGAGGCCCAGUGAGAGCCGGCUGGGGGACACCAACUGAGGCCCUGUGGGGUCCGGCCAGCCAUGGGACACCACCCAAGCCCCUGUGGGGGCCGCCCAGCUAGGAGAGACCAACUGAGGCCCAGUGAGAGCCGGCCGGGGGACACCAACUAAGGCCCCGUGGGGUCCGGCCAGCCAUGGGACACCACCCGAGCCCCUGUGGGGGCCACCCAGCUCGGGGAGACCAACUGAGGCCCAGUGAGAGCCGGCCGGGGGACACCAACUGAGGCCCCAUGGGGUCCGGACAGCCAUGGGACACCACCCGAGCCCCUAGUCAGGGCUGCCCAGCUGGGAGAGACCAACUGAGGCCCAGUGAGAGCCGGCUGGGGGAUGCCAGCUGAGGCCCCGUGGGGUCCGGCCAGCCAUGGGACACCACCCGAGCCCCUGUGGGGGCCGCCCAGCUGGGAGAGACCAACUGAGGCCCAGUGAGAGCCGGCUGGGGGACACCAACUGAGGCCCUGUGGGGUCCAGACAGCCAUGGGACACCAACUGAGCCCUGUGGGGGCCAGCUGGGGGACACCAACUGGGGCCCCAUGGGUUCCGGCCAGCCAUGGGACACCAUCCGAGCCCCUGUGGGGACCACCCAGCUGGAAAAGACCAACUGAGACCCAGUGAGAGCCGGCCGGGGGACACCAACUGAGGCUCCAUGGGGUCCAGACAGCCAUGGGACACCAACCGAGCCCUGUGGGGGCCGCCCAGCUAGGAGAGACCAACUGAGGCCCAGUGAGAGCCGGCCGGGGAACACCAACUAAGGCCCCGUGGGGUCCGGCCAGCCAUGGGACACCACCCGAGCCCCUGUGGGGGCCGCCCAGCUGGAAAAGACCUACUGAGGCCCAGUGAGAGCCGGCCGGGGGACACCAACUGAGGCCCCGUGGGGUCCGGCCAGCCAUGGGACACCACCCGAGCCCCUGUGUGGGCCGCCCAGCUGGGAGAGACCAACUGAGGCCCAGUGAAAGCCGGCUGGGGGACACCAACUGAGGCUCCGUGGGGUCCGGCCAGCCAUGGGACACCAACCAAGCCCUGUGGGGGCCAGCCGGGGGACACCAACUGGGGCCCCAUGGGUUCCGGCCAGCCAUGGGACACCACCCGAGCCCCUGUGGGGGCCACCCAGCUGGAAAAGACCAACUGAGACCCAGUGAGAGCCGGCCAGGGGACACCAACUGAGGCUCCAUGGGGUCCGGCCAGCCAUGGGACACCACCCGAGCCCCUGUGGGGGCCGCCCAGCUGGAAAAGACCAACUGAGGCCCAGUGAGAGCCAGCCGGGGGACACCAACUGAGGCCCCAGGAGGGCUGCCCAGCUAGAAGAGACCAACUGAGCCCCUGUGGGAGCCGACUGGCCACGGGACACCAACCGAGGCCCAGUGGGAGCCAGCCGGGGGACGCCAACCGAGCCCCUUUGGGGGCCGCCCAGCCGGGAGAGACCGACGGAGCCCCAGUGAGAGCCGGCCAGGGGACGCCAACCGACCCUUUGUGGGAGAUGGCCGGCCAAGGGACACCAACUGAGCCCACGGGGAAGCCAGCCGGCUGUGGGACACCCAACUGCGGCCCUGUGGGAGCCGACCGGGGUGACCAACUGAACGCCAUGGGGGCUGCCAGGCUGGGAGGGAACAACCGAGCCCGUAAUGAGGGGGUCGGGGCCCCCAGUAGGGUCCACUGAAAGGGUUGGGAUCGUCAGCCCCCCUCACCUCCCCUCAGUGCUACACUAGCCCAUUCCUGGAGAUGACCGCUGGGUCCGGAAGUCUCCCCGAGCCUCGGUUUCCCCCUGUAAAAUGGGUGCAUUCCCCCAGGAUGGGGAGCGAGAACGAGGGCUUGUGUGUCAGCCUCGGGAUGCGGGGUCCCAUCUCCUGGGUCCCCCGGUCCCGGAUCUUCCUUUCCUUCCGCCCCCGCUCCGGGCUCCGUUCUGGGACGGGUUGGCCAGAAGUUGCCCCAGCUGGCCACCGCUUAGGAUGGGACCCUGG